AUGGCUACUCACCGCUCGUCGGCUUUCCUCUUGGCCGUCGCCGUCGCCUGCGCCUGCGCUCUGAGCGGCGCUCUGGCGGCGCGCGACCUGGGCGACCAGCAGGCCAUGGUGUCGAGGCACGAGGAGUGGAUGGCCAAGUACGGCCGCGUCUACAGCGACGCGGCGGAGAAGGCGCGGCGGUUCGAGGUGUUCAAGGCCAACGUCGCCUUCAUCGAGUCCGUGAACGCCCGGAACCACAAGUUCUGGCUGGAGGCCAACCAGUUCGCCGACCUCACCGACGACGAGUUCAGAGCCACCCGGACCGGUUACAAGCCCAGGCCGGCGGCGGCGAGCAGCCGGAAGGCGACGGGGUUCAGGUACGCGAACGUGAGCCUCGACGACGUUCCGGCGUCCGUGGACUGGAGGACCAAAGGCGCCGUGACGCCCAUCAAGGACCAAGGCGAGUGCGGGUGCUGCUGGGCGUUCUCGGCCGUGGCGUCCAUGGAGGGCGCCGUGAAGCUGAGAACAGGGAAGCUCGUCUCGCUCUCGGAGCAGGAGCUCGUCGACUGCGACGUGAACGGCAUGGACCAGGGCUGCGAGGGUGGGGAGAUGGACGACGCCUUCGAGUUCAUCGUCGACAACGGCGGGCUCACCACCGAGAGCAAGUACCCGUACACGGGCUCCGACGGCACCUGCAACUCCAACGAGGCUUCUAACGACGCCGCGUCCAUCACGGGAUACGAGGACGUGCCGGCCAACGACGAGGCCUCCCUGCGCAAGGCGGUGUCCAACCAGCCCGUGUCGGUCGCCGUCGACGGAGGGGACUCCCUCUUCAGAUUCUACAAGCGCGGCGUCCUCUCUGGCGCGUGUGGAACGGAGCUCGACCACGGCAUCGCUGCCGUCGGGUAUGGCGUCGCCAGCGACGGCACCAAGUACUGGCUGAUGAAAAACUCGUGGGGGACCUCGUGGGGCGAGGGCGGGUACAUCCGGAUGGAGAGGGACAUCGCCGACGAGGAGGGUCUGUGCGGCCUCGCCAUGCAGCCUUCAUACCCGACGGCCUAG